AUGUCGGCUCCUGCACUUGCACCUCAACCACCUGCCGCAGGCCCAUCCGAUGCCUCGAGAGGCGCACGAGGACGGCGGCGACCACGAGGCCGAAAUACAAACGCGAACACGGCCGCACAGUCAGAGCAAGCAGAGCAAACACAGGCGCAAGCAGCACAGCAGCCACAGAGGGGCGGCGGGCGCGGUGGUAGAGGACGAGGGCGAGGAGGCCAGGCUGACGGUGGACGACCGUCGCAACCAAAUGCGGCUGCCCUCGAAUUUGUGCCCUCGUCUGUGCAACAAGCAGCGCAUCGAGGUGGAAGAGGCGGACGUGGCGGUGCGCGGAGUGGCCGAGGAAGAGGCGGCGCAGAGCGGUUUCCACAGCGCAUGGCUGCUGGUGGCCGUCAAUUCGGUGGACAGUUGACUGUAGAAGACGAUGCGGCUUCUGCCAUCUCAGAAGCUCCGCCAGGACUACAAGCAGAUGCGCCAGCCUUCCAGCCAGGCCAACCCAUCGCCCCUCGCAAAUCACGACCGCCGCGCCAGAAGCAGCCGCAAGCACCCAAAUCGACUGCGCCCGACAUCGCCACCAGGACACACGAGGAUAUCGAUAAUGGUCACUACGAAUGUGCCAUUUGCACUGAAGACGUCACAAGGCGUUCACGGGGGGUAUGGUCGUGCAGAACAUGCUGGACUGUGUUCCAUCUGGGCUGCAUCAAGAAGUGGUCAACAAACGAGGGUUCGGCUGCAGCGCGACAGCAGACUCAAGACGGGGAGACGCCUCCGAGGCAGUGGCGCUGCCCCGGCUGCAACCUACCAAAGGACACUCUACCCAAGAACUUCCACUGUUGGUGCGAGAAGGAGCUGGAUCCGCGUUCAACACCCGGUCUACCACCAUUCUCGUGUGGCCAGACUUGCUCACGACCCCGACUUCUCCCCAAGCCCUGUCCACACCCUUGCGGCUCGACGUGUCAUGCCGGCCCCUGUCCUCCGUGUGGCUUGAUGGGUCCCACGCAACACUGCUUCUGCGGGAAGAGGUCCGUCACUCGCCGUUGUAUUGAUACCGACUAUGAGAAUGGCUGGAGUUGCGGCGAUGUCUGUGGAGGUUUGAUGUCUUGUGGUGAGCACAGAUGCGAUCGACCUUGUCACGACGGUCCUUGCGGUGCCUGCGAGGUACGAGUGCCGGCACGUUGCUAUUGCGGACAGAUACAAAAAGACAUUCUAUGUCAUGACCGGGCAGAAGAGAAGCAGAGCAGCCAGUCCCAUGUCGCCACAGACGGUGCUGCAACAGUAGAGACCUGGAUAGGAUCCUUCCAGUGCCCUAAUCAGUGCGGACGCUCAUUCGAUUGCGGGAAGCACAUUUGUGAGAUGGCAUGUCAUUCACAGGAUACGCAAGCACCUCAUUGUCCGCGAUCUCCAGACCGAGUCAACCGCUGUCCUUGUGGCAAGACCGCUUUGAGAGACAUGUCUGGCAACCCACGCACGACUUGCGAAGAUCCGAUCCCCAAUUGCGACAAACCUUGUGGUCAAACACUCGCAUGUGGUCACCAGUGCGAGCAGCUCUGUCACCAAGGCGAAUGUCGGCCCUGCUUGAAGACGGUUGAUAUAUCAUGUAGGUGUGGACGUACAUCAUCCAGGACCAUCUGUCACCAAGGCAUGGACGAGCCUCCCCAGUGCAGGCGCAUCUGCAAAGUCUCGUUGAAUUGCGGGCGCCACGAGUGCGGCGAGCACUGCUGCGCUGGAGAGAAGAAAGCUGCGGAACGUCAGUCGAACCGCCGUAAAGGAAGGCCUUUGCAUUCGGCUCCUCGCCAGGCUCACGAGAACUUUGAGGCCGAGCACAUAUGCACGCGGAGCUGUGGUCGACAACUGAAGUGCGGCAACCCCGAACAUCGCUGCCAGGAACUUUGUCAUAAGGGUCCGUGUGGCACAUGUCGCGAUGCCAUUUUCGAUGAGCUUAGCUGUCACUGUGGACGGACUGUGCUACAACCACCAUUACCAUGCGGUACAAAACCUCCACCGUGUCGCUUCAAGUGCGAGCGACCUAAGGACUGCGGUCAUCCCCAACUGGACCAUAGUUGCCACCUGGAUGACCAGCCAUGUCCGAAGUGCGCUUUCCUUACCGCCAAGCCAUGUCUAUGUGGCAAGAGUGUUCUCAAAAACCAGCCAUGCUGGCUGACCGAGGUACGCUGUGGCCAAGUCUGCGGGCGCACGCUCAAGUGUGGCACACACAAGUGUCAGAAGCAAUGCCAUCGACCUGGAGAGUGCGAAGAGCCAUGUACCCAGGCAUGUGGCAAAGAGCUUAGCACCUGUGGUCAUCCGUGUUUGGCACCCUGCCACUUCCCUCAACCCUGCAAAGAAGAGAAACCGUGUCCCCACAAGAUCUUCGUUACUUGCGAGUGCCAGAGGAUUAAGCAAGAGGCCAAAUGCAAUGCUUCACGCAACGGAGAUGGUAACCAGAAGAAGGUGCUCAAGUGCGACGAAGAGUGCGCAAGGUUAGAGCGUAAUCGUGUUCUAGCACUUGCACUCAACGUUGAUCCGGAGCACCAGAAUGACCACAUUCCAUACUCAGACGCCACACUGAACAUGUACCAGCAAAAUUCUACCUGGGCAGCGACUCAGGAGAAGCAGCUUAGACUUUUCGCUGCCGACCCAGAUGAGAAGCGUCUUCGAUUCAAGCCAAUGCCCCGUAGUCAGCGCGCCUUCAUCCACCACCUGGCUGAAGACUUUGGCAUGGACUCAGAGAGCAUGGAUCCAGAACCGCAUCGACAUGUGGCCAUUUUCAAGACCCCCAAGUUCGUCAUGGCACCAAUGCGGACACUAGCAGACUGCGCCAGAACUCGUCAAGUUCAACAACGUCUUGCGCCAGCGCCAGCACCAGCAGUGUCUUCCACUGCCACGUUACGCCCCAAGCCCAGCAACACCAAUUGCGACCCCUAUAACGCGUUCCUCAUCUUGAACCCUCGCUUUGCGCUCACUAUCGAAGAGCUCAACCCCAUCAUCAAGAGCGUACUCGCAACGACGUCGUUCCGAUGCGAGCUAGAGGUCACCUUCCUUCCCAGCGAAGCCGUAGCAUUGAAGCCACCUCUAGCAGCUCGGCUCAGCAUUCCAGAACGCGAAAUGCAGACCAUGCUCGAAUCGAUCCAGGCACCGCUAACCAAAGCUCUUACCACGCAAAACAUCGGCAAAAGCAUGCAACUUGCGCGUCUCGACUCCUCACUCAACAUUCUCCGCAAAGAGUCUGAUGUAGGCCCCGGUUCAGGCUGGAGCGAAGUGGCAGCCUCGAAGGGUGUUCCAAACCGCCAGCUCCCAAAGACAACUUCCUUCGGGAACAAGGGCGGGUUUGCGGUGCUCAGCUUGAGUAGCAAGAAGAAGAAACAGAAGGAAGUACCUGUUGAGGUUGCGGAGAGCUGGGAGGAGGCUGAGGAGGAAGAAGAGCAGAAGGAGAAGGUUAGUGGGGCUAACAGCGCUGUCAUGAGCGAGGAUGAAGGUGCGUCCAAGGAUGUGCCUGAGGCUUCGGGCAGUACACCAGCUAGCGACGAAAAUCAUGUCGCUUCGAAAGAUGAUGCUGAGCUCGCCACUAAGCCACUACCGGGACGUUGGUCGGAUCUGGAUGAUGAGUAA